CAUCGACAUUGACUUAUAAGAUUGCAAUGACGUAUUCUUUAAAAUUUCGAUUUGUGGCGAAAAUUAUAUAAAAAAUAGCGAAUUAAAUUCGUAAAACUUCUUUUGCGUAUCAUGUACACUAUUAUUUUAUUGGUAUAACAGUAGUGGACACUCAAAAGUUUGAAGAGUUUUUAUUUAUUUUACAUGUUAGAACAAUUUGCAAACAAUGGCGAAAACUAAGGUUACAGGAGCGACUAGUCGACUGAAACAGGACUAUCUCAGGCUGAAAAAUGACCCUGUACCGUACGUGACCGCGGAGCCCGUCCCAUCGAAUAUUCUAGAGUGGCAUUACGUCGUGAAAGGACCAGAGAAAAGUCCGUACGAAGGCGGAUACUAUCACGGCAAAAUUAUAUUUCCAAGGGAAUUUCCAUUCAAGCCGCCGUCUAUUUACAUGAUCACGCCGAACGGGCGGUUCAAGACGAACACCAAACUGUGCCUUAGCAUUACCGACUUUCACCCGGACACAUGGAACCCCGCGUGGUCUAUCUCUACUAUACUGACGGGCUUACUCAGCUUCAUGCUGGAAAAAACUCCGACGCUCGGCUCCAUCGAGACAUCGGACAACCAGAAGCGCUGCCUGGCGGCCGAAUCUCUGGAAAUCAAUCUCAAAAACAAAAUGUUCUGUGAACUGUUCCCUGAAUAUGUGGAGGAGAUAGAACUGCUGCUGAAGGAGCGGCAGGAAGCUAUCCUGCAUCUCGAUAGCACUAGCAGCAUGGGCGACAGUGAAGUGAUUACUGAGCAGCAGUCCAACAUGUACUAUAUCAUGACAAACCUUUUUGUGCUUGUGGGCUUUGUGUUUCUUGCCUACAUGGUCAAAUACGUCCUGGUUUCCAUAUCUAAUGACUAGGCAAUAAUAUUGUGCUAAUUUAAACUUGUAUGUAAAUACUGUAAUUUAUUUUGUAUAUAUAAUAUUUAAAACAUUUUAUAGAAAUGUUAAAGGUAGCACUGAAUCAUACAAAACUUAUUAAGGUG